AUGUUUACCCUAAACCCAUUGGUGCUGUCGCGCCAGAUUCGCGAGAUGGGCGACCCCAGGACAAGAGACUACCCUCUGGUCAUGGACCCGCUGUUCGUCGUGACGCUGGUGGCCGCCUACCUAUACUUCGUCAAGGUGGGCGGCCCGCGCUGGAUGAAGAACCGGGAGCCCUUCGAAAUCCUCAACAUCGUGCGCGUCUACAACUUGGCCCUGGUGCUCAUCAACGUGCGGUUCCUCUACAAGGUGCUCCAGUUCACCUAUUUACCCGGCGGCCACUACAACCUCUGGUGCCAGGGCAUCACGGGCCACAUGACCGACGAGAUGCGAGAGUACUACCGCACGGGCUACGUGUACACCAUCUCGCGCUACAUGGACCUGCUGGACACCGUCUUCUUCGUGCUUCGCAAGAAGUUCACCCACAUCACCCACCUGCACGUCAUACACCACACCAUCGUGGUCGCCAACGUCUGGUUCUUCACGCUGUUCGCACCCGAGGGUCAGCCCGCGCUGGGCAUGUGCCUGAACGUCUUCGUCCACGUCAUCAUGUACUCGUACUACUUCCUGGCAACGCUGGGGCCCGGCGUGCGCAAGUACCUCUGGUGGAAGAAGUACCUGACCACCAUGCAGAUCGUCCAGUUCGUGAUCAUCAUGAUACACAUGUCCAUCCCCCUCUUCGUGGACUGCGGCUUCCCGAAGCAACUCGUCAUCAUGGGCAAUCUGCAGACGUUCCUCAUACUCUGUUUGUUCAUCAACUUCUACAUCAAGACUUACAUCGCCAAGCCCGAUCAUCCUGUUCGGCAGGACCACGCCGGCAUGCAGGACGCCGUAGUCGAGCAGCUAAAAUAUGGCAAGAGCGAGUAAAGA